ACGGACCACACUGUCGAGAUGUCCGUGGAUUUCAUAUCGAGUACCCCACAUCGCGCGGUGUAUUGGAGCAAAAAUGAUGUCAUCAUUCAACAGGACGAUAAACACACAUUCACCGUGACCCCGGCAAAGGUCAGUGUUGAGUCGGAUCCUGGGGUCAACGUGGAUGGGUUCACAGCCUCGCUCCUGAUUGAUGGAACAGAAUCACGUGACGCUGGCAUGUACAAGAUGGUCGUGGCGAACGAGCACGGCAUUAGUGAACGUACGCUUUACGUCAAGAGAGGACAUUCGGUAACGAUGUUACCACAUUAUGAAGCGUUUCCCAGGAAUGCUACAAUCACGGUGACCUUUUCAUCGGAUCCAGAUUUUAAGAUUGAAUGGUACAAGAAACAACGAUUCCUUACCCCCGGCAGUGAUGUUCGUGUCACGACAGAACUGGUAGGAGAGGGAGAGGACGGCAAUGCUAUUUAUAGGUCCGUGCUGUAUCCCGAGUCCCCGAAACAAAUCCACUACGGGGACUACAAGUUUAUCAUCAGGAAAGACAUUGGAACAGUGGAGACACACAUUCUCAUGGAUUUUCCCGAGACAGAACUACCCAAGUUGUUAGCUACACCAACCCCAGUAGAGAUGAGGAAUCGAAGCCUGAUCCUUACGGUGGACUUUGACUCCAAUAUCGCGUAUCCAACGGUAAGCUGGUACCACGGUGAUGUUCCGCUGAGGACUUCAGACAGAUACCGCCUCGAAUUGAGAUGGAAGGGGAUUUCCUCGGAUUGGGUCGCCCAGGGAUAUCCAUCUGUCCUACCUUCAACGCCGUUCAAACUUGUUACAAGUAGUAAUUCAAGUUACAGCUAUAUGUACCCGUCCAUCGGCGGGAAUAGAUCGUUGACCCAGCUUAACGCUAACUAUACAGCUGUGUUGACUAUAUCAGAUGUAAAACCAGCGGACUUUGGACUCUACCGUGUUAUAUUGGAGAAUGAUGCUGGAGCCACACACCACGUGAUCGAAGUGACAGCCCCGGAAGUUUUUCCUUACGUCACGUGUGAUCAGGCGGACACCAUCCAACUUGCGUGCAACGUCACCUCCUGUUCUAGAGUUACUCUAUCCUGGAUCCAUUCUGUUGAUGAUGACGUCGUCAGAAAUCUGCCAGGUCACCAAGAUGGGUCAAUCAACACGCUCACUAUCCCUAUGUGCAUGCACUCGGACGCAGGCAUGUACACGUGCGUUGCUGAAGAAGGAACCGGAAGUGAUGUAACAAUUAUACAUGACACGACUACAGUCACGGUUAGGGCUGUGCCAGUGAUUCUUGAAUCAACUGUGAACAUCUCAGGAGACCGUUUGCAUAUUGAACUACCAUUCUACUCAUACCCCCCUCAUCACCGAGUAACGUGGCACAGAAACGGAGGCCAGAUCAGUCCAUCUGAUAGAAUCACCAUAGGGAUCGAACAACAUGACGUGAACCUACCAAUGCAUGGAAAGACAUGUAGACAGGUUGGUCAUGUGACUUCAGUAGAAGUGCCCGCGCCAGUAGACGAAGAUUUUGGGACAUAUAAGAUAACGAUCUCAAAUAAAAUUGGAACCUCCGAGCACAUCAUAGAAGUUCAGAAUCCAAAAUACAUCAAUCCUGUAGCGUCUAGUGACGUCAACGUUUCCUAUGAUGGCGGUUCUGCUGUACUCAGAGUGACGUUCACAACAUACUACCCAGAAUUCAAUGUGAAGUGGUACUUCAAGGGCGAGGAGAUUCGGGAAAACCACCCUGUCAACAAAUACAAAAUCCAGACUGAUAACUCAACUCAUUCCCUCAGUCCGAUUCAAGCCGUCCCUAAUUCCUUCGGGGUCCCUGUUACAGUGGUUCGGAGAAAACUCUGGAAAUCCUCCGUCCUGACUGUCACGUGUGUAUCAGAGAAGGAUUAUGGGAAGUAUGACGUCCUGGUUUCAAACAAGGCAGGAAAAGCUGUGAUUCCGGUGAAGUUGACAAAACACGGUCAAGGUGUUCCUGCCAUGGUCGGAGAUAUUGUUACUACCGCCAUCAAUUCCACGAGAGAGAUAUCUGCUAAAUUUCAUUCCGUGCCAAGAUAUCGGCUCAUCAAAUGGUUCAAGGAUGAUAAGGAGAUUACCAAUGAUACAUCGAAAUAUGUCAUCGUAAACGAGGACGUCGACAUUGAGAUCCCGUCUAGUGAAGAGUCGAUGAAGGAAACUGGAACCAUAACGAGGCUGCGUGUGACAUCCCCCGAGGAGGAGGACUACGGUCUCUACAGGGUACAGAUAUAUAACGACGUAGGAAUGAUUGACGGAUCAGCGACACUUGAUGAAGAUUGCAAGUGAGGUGAAGACACAUUGUGACGUUGACCCUAAUUUCACGGAUUUGUCUACUGUAAUGGAAUCCCUGGCUUUCGCUUUGGAAUAUGAACACUUAAACUAGCAUAAUACAUCUCAUAAAGUACCGAUAUAAUGUUACAGAUAAAUAUUAUUUUGAAAUGUAACCAAAUUGAUUAUUAGACAUUGAGCUUUCCUGCUCACUAUAUUACACUGUCCGUAAAGCAGUGUAAAAACGUUAAAGGUGUUUCAUUGUCGACAGACAUAGACUGAUUAUCAUUGGCGCCUAUACUAUCAAUUUAUAUCUGAUCUCAACACUAACAAAUACAGACGUUAUACCAGGGUCCUAGUAAUGGUCGCUUAUCAAACCGGAAGUUGUAUACUAAAUAUAGAGACGGAACACGAUAGAUUUGUUGAAAUUAUGGAGGACGUCAAUAACUUGUAACAUUUGUUAUUGUAUUGUUAUUCACAUAUGUCACGUGACGUACACGUUGAUAUGUCACCCACAGAUAUCUCGUGACUCGUGAUAUUUUACGAUACUUUCCUGAAUGAGACUAGCGUGUAUUCUGUAUACAUUGU